AUGGGGUUUCGAUCAAAUGCUGUGUCAUUCAAUAAAAUGAUGAAAGGGCGGCUACAGAAGGGCGAGUGGGAUGAAGCCCGUAACGUGUUCGAUGAAAUGCUUGAGAGAGAAAUUGAACCCACUGUCAUAACUUACUAUUGUCAAAUAGGAUUUUGGAGUAAAAAGGGCAAGUUUGCUGAGGCUAAGAGCUUGUUUGACGAGAUGAUCCGCAAAGGAAAUGGAGAAUUCGAUGAUGGUUUGAAGAUUCUAAACACAAUGCUGAUGAGUAGGCAUUGUGCACGAUUGGAAACGUUUUGUUGUUUGAUUGUCGGGUUGGUUAACAACGGGAAGAUGGAUGAUGCUUACAUUGUUAUGGAGGAGAUGGUGAAAAGGCGAAUGGCCCCGAAUUUGGGGUCCUGGGAAGCAUUGGUCAUGAGCACUUGUGGUGACGAUAAAAGCAGCUGUUCACUUGCGGCAGAAUUGGUUUCAUCAAGUGGAUAG